AGAACAUCGCGAUGCAUUCCCUAGUGCUCCUCGCGGCAGUUUCCGCGGCUUUCGGUGUGCCCCUCGACGAGCCGAAAAAAUUCACGGACUACCGACUCAUUUCGGCUGAGGCUAUCACGGCCGAGUGCUUUCGAGCGGCCGAAGAGCUCGAGGGUCGGGGUAUCGUCGAUCUGUGGUCACAUGGCGCUCCGGAGAAAGGAACCAUCCUAUUCUCGGUCGCGCCCGAGAACUAUGACGAAGUGAAGAGCACUUUCGCGAGGUUCGGGACCAAGCUGAAUAUUCUUGAGAGGGAUCUCCAGAAGCUCAUCGAGAAGGAUCAGAUAGGAUCUACGUACUCGGCCUACGCAUCCGACAGACCCUUCAGCUUCAACCAAUUUGAAACCUAUGAGCAGAUCGUCGCUUCCCUCAACUACUACAACAAGAGCAAUUUGCUGCCCGUCAUAAACGUUUUCAGCAUCGGCCAGACGGUCGAGAAACGCGAGAUCUACGGCGUUCGCAUAUCCAAUUCGACCGCGAACAAAUCAGUGAUUUUCAUAGAGUGCGGCAUUCAUGCGAGGGAAUGGGCCUCUACAUCGACCUGUCUUUUCAUCAUAGAUCGACUGAUCAGAUUCCCGAAGGUGCACAAGGCUCUCCUCGACAAAUACGAGUUCCACAUUGUGCCGUCCUCGAACCCCGACGGCUACGUUUACACCCACACGAGCAACCGUUUGUGGCGAAAGAACCGAUCUCGACAAGCGCGGGGCUGCUUCGGCGUCGACCUCAACCGAAACUUCAGAGCCGGCCCUCACUGUGGAGUCGGGACUAGCCAGGACUCCUGCUCGGACAUCUUCUGUGGUACAGCUCCGUUCUCCGAGCCGGAAACUGCGGCGCUCGAGCGUUACAUCUCCAAGCUCCAUUCGCGAAUCGACUACUACGUCUCGUUGCACUCCUUCGGUCUGAUGUGGAUGUUCCCCUACUCGCACACACACGAUAAAUGUCCGGAUCACGCAGAUCUCCUGCGCAGAGCCAAGAUCGGCGUAGACCACAUUGCCAAUAACUUCGGCUCGAAGUACGUCUAUGGUCCGAUCGCAACGACGAUUUACGACGUCACGGGGUCCUCGAUCGAUUGGGCCUACAUGACUCAGAACAUAACUAAAUCUUUUGUUCUGGAACUGCAACCUGGACUGGACUUCCAAUGGGGAGGACGCGGCUUCCUUCUUGACAAGAGCCGGAUCAUACCGACGGGAUUAGAAACUCUCGGAGGUCUCAAGGCCAUGUGGCUGUCAUGAAUGGAGACAUUGUGAAGUGAAAAUCGUGCAAUAAAAGGAGAAACGACGA